UCUCAUCACACCACCACCAACUCAAUAGACCAUCAUAGCGCCUCAUAAUGCGUCUAUACCAUCACAAGACACCAUCUCUCCAGAACAUUCCACAAUUUCACCUCCAAAUCACAACACCAUCUCCCGACACCAUCACUCCAUCUCUCCACCAUCACGUGCUGCCAUAUCCCACUCGUGCAAGCACUUCAAGUUGCCAUUUAUUUUGCCAAUGAAGACAGAAUGAUAUCAUGCAAUCUCAUGAAUUCCGUCUGUGAGCUGAUUGGAAGUUGCCAUUCCAGUUGCCUACUAUCGAUGCUGCAGUAAAAUUUGUCCAGAUUAUGGGCUUCCAGAUCUUUGCAAUCGAACAUUGUGGACAUUUUUUUGCCCGUAAUGAUUGUUGCCAACAAUGGCCAUGAACUCGUCGCAGACUAUCACAGCCUUAAGUACGUUUAUGGAACUUGUGAGAAUAUAUGAUGUAACAUGUAUUUUUUAUAACAUUACGUGGUGUAUAUUCACGUGUUCUAGCAUGUUUGCAUUAGUAAAUGUUCAUGUUUGCAUUCGUACAUAGAUGUGCGAGCAUGCAUUUUUGUUUGUGUAUGUGCCCGUCCAUGUUUGUGUGCCUGGGAGUAUGAAUUUUGUCCUGCGUGUGCAUGUCUGAAUGGUCCUGUGCUUUUCUUCGCGUGAACAGAGGAGCAUUGGGGAGGUGAAGAACUUCAGCGGGGUGAAGCGUCUCCAGGAGAACAAGCACCUUGCGAAGGAGAAACGCACCAUGGAAGAGGACCACCUCAUUGAGAUGAAGCGCCUUGCCAGGGUGACGCACAUCCCAGAGGAGAAAUGCCUUCCAGACAAUCUCCUCAAGAACCACCUCAUGGAAAAGCGCGUCAUUGAGGAGAAGCGCUUCAUGGAGGAGAAGCGCUUCAUGGAGGAGAAGCGCUUCAUUGAGGAGAAGCGCUUCAUUGAGAAGCGCUCCAUGGAGAAGCGCUUCAUGGAGGAGAAGCGUCUCUCCAGAGUGAAGUACCUCGCAGAAGUGAAGCAUCUCCAGGAGAAGCAUCUCAAGGAGAAGCGCUUUGCGGAGGAGCGCAUCAUGGAAGAGAAGCGCCCCAUUGAGGUGAAGCGCCUCGCCAAUGUGAAGCACCUCACAGAGCAGAAGUGCCUUCGAAACAAGAUCCUCAAUGACGUGAAAUGCGUCAUGGAAAAGCGCCUUCUUGAGGAAACGCGCUUCAUGGAGGAAAAGCGCCUUCGUGAGGUGAAGCAUCUCGAGGAGAAGCAUCUGGAGGUGGAGAAGCAUCUCGCCAUUGUUAAGUGUGUCGAUGAGGAGAAGCGCCUCAGAAGCUAAGCGGG